UCCCAACCCUUCACCAUACUGGACGUGUCUACCGGGAGCUCCGCGCACCCUUCCCUAGCGAAAAAUAUUUAAUGUAUGACUGAGAACCAUAACGGCAUUUAUAUAAAAAAUCUAAGAAAAUUUGCCUUUGGUGUUGUAUUGUGGCAGAAAUCGAAAAAAAAUAUGAAAAGUUAAAAGGUAAAUUUUAUAAUUGAAUUUUUUUACACGGAAAUUGCGCAGGUAAAUGAUGAAGGCAAGCUUGAGGUGAACAACAUGGUAGAUGGUGAUAAUUAUAGGCACAUGGCCUUCACUGAGCAUAGUGCGUUUGUUAACCACAGAAAUACCAGCGGGAAGUGAUCAGUACACAGUUUAAUACAAGAGGUGAUGGGAUUCUUAAAAGCGGUCAAAACACCGUCUCUGUAUAUAGCUACGUCAAUGUAUUAGGGGCGAUGAUUGGAGGAGCGUGUCAGGGUGCCACGCCCACUAGCUUGGCUCAACCAAUAGGACCAGCCCUUCGCCCACCCUGGACCUCGGCGUCCAUUGAAGCUGGGUUGGCACCAUACGCAGGCCUCUAUUCUCUUCUGGCCGUCUCUGCCGCCGCCACCCCCGUCACCACCACCACCACCCCUACCAACCACGCCCCACCGCCCAUGUCACCACCCGGCCCGCCCAUCACCAAGCCCAUGGCAGGAGUUGUGCCCACGCAUGCCGUCCUCGCGCAGCUCCAUGCGUUAUGCGUCCAGCAGAAAGAUGGUGCAUUAGCUGGUGCCCUCCCACCAAUAUUACCCAGUGGACAGCUGAUGGCUUCCCCACUUAUGGAGAGCACACCGAGAGCACCAGCUCCCCCUCCCAGCUGUAACAAGUCCAUCCUCCCUAUGCCAGCGACUGUGCCCGCCACCAAGUGUGCGAGUAGUGUCGACGGUGUAGCCGAGAUGAGAGGUUCUGUUACAGAUAUGUAUCGCCUGUCAAUGAAGUCACCAGUCCCACUAAGUGAGGAUGGCAAGAUUUCGAAGGUCACAGUGGCCAGUUCUCGGACCACUCUAAAGCCUAGCAAAAGAGACAUACUCCUGCCCACCUCAAAGGUUAAUGGCCAUGCCAAUUUUUCAACUGAACAGGAGAGUGCUGUGACAAUAAACCUUAGUGUUAAUAGUGCCAAAGAUGAUGGGCAAGUUAGGAAAAAAGACAUGAAGGAAGGUGGUGUUCGUAGUGGGAAAGGUGGAUUUGUAUAUGACAGUAAAAACACACAAAGAACUUCAAAUUAUCAGCUCACUUGCCCAGUGAAUACUAGUGAAGAAAAAGCAGCUUUUAAAGUCAUAGAUAGAACAUCACCUCCCUCUUCAACUUCACCUGAAUCUGAAACCUCUAUUAUUAAUAAUGUACCUGCAAAAGUAAAAGACACAUAUAGAACAAACCAGAGCCAAGAAUCUUCAGUCUCACAGAAGUCUUGUGAGCCCAGCCAUCUCAACACCCUCGUUGCCAUCUCUAAGUUGUCUCAAGAGUCUAGUCACUUUGAGGCAUCAGUCCCAUCUUCUAAACUAUUCUUAGAAGUACAGAAAGUCCAGACAUCAGCUACAGUUCCACAUCAGUUCCAGAAAUCCAGUUGCCUUGAAAUUUCAGCACAACACUCCCAGUUGCCUCAUAAAUCCUAUGAUGGUCUCGAGGAUAAACAAAGUCAUAAUGAGAAGUAUAUCCAGAGAGUGAGCAGUAGGGAUGAUUCACUGGAUUUUACUGACAAGAACAACCUGAACCCAGAUAAACACUAUACAAAUGGUACAGAAGGAGCGAGAACAGGAGGUAGUGUAGGUGAGAAUGAAAGACUAAAAUCACCAAGUGAUGGCAGUGAAGAAGGGAAAAGAAACCCAUUAGCUCCACUGGUGGGUGAUCAGUGUUCACGUACCACUCCUGGCCUACUGCAGGCAUAUGCUCAGGAACGCCGAACAAGACCUCACACCUCACCCUUAAUUUUACCUUCCAAUAUGCUUUCACCUACACCUUCCUUGUCACCUACUAACACACCAAUCUCAGUAGGUGAUGCAACACCAAGCUCAUGCCCACCAAUUGUGGCAUUAACACAAUUGGCUGUGCCCCGUGUGGCUCCCCCUGCCACUGCUGCUGCUGGCGAUUCGACACGAACGUCUCGUAAAACAGUCCGCAAUGAAGAACGACCUACUCCUACGAUGACAGCUGGAGGUGGUAUCCCAGUUGGCAUCGCAGUUGCCCGUCAACGUCAGGAGUCACGACCACAGGACGACCCCCUGGGAGGAUCAAUGCCACCUGGGGGCAGCUCUCCUGGGGGAAACAAUCUGCCUACCCACUGGCCUCUUCCUCCAACACCCUGUAAUCCAGGACUCCCAACAGCACCAUUUUGGUUGACUCAAAGUCAGUUUUCUGGUGUGGGAGUGGACGCGGGUGUAGGAGCAGGAAUGGGUUUAGGCUACCAGUUCGCUCGGGACCCCCUGAGUGGCCACUACUAUCUCCUGCCACACCCGCACGCAAUACCAGAUCCUGGUAGUCACAGUCUGGUAUGGGCGGGAUAUGGAGGUGUAGCAGCUGCUUCCCCUGUGGUUAUACCACCUCAGCAGCUGCUGCUUCCUGAUGCUCAUUACCAUCGUGCACUCCAUGCUCACACCGCUCUGCUCCACGUCCCACACGCCCACACACCCGUCCAUGCCUCAACACCUCCCUCCAUCAAGCGAGAGGACCCACUGACUCCAGGAGCGCCUGAGGAAGAUCCCAAGAGCCGUCCAGUUAGUGUGCCGCCCUCGGGCCAAGGGGCUGCACCACCUGGAAGUGAAAUGACCCUACCUUCAGCUCUGUCUACUGGCCUGCGUCAUCUUCCUCCAUCAUUCUUAUAUCCUCCAAGAUCCUCUUUACCAUACUACUGUCGACAGUCUCCCCACUCCACACCAUAUUCACUCCCUCCUUUUUCACAUCAGCCGACUACAAGUAUUGGCUCCAGCCUCACAUCAACUCGAGCUGCUUCUUUAACCACAACCUUGACAAACACCCUAACCACACCUGCUGACAUCACAACAACUUUUUCAGUCCUACCUACAGCUCCUGUUACUAGUGUGGCAAAGGGUAUUGGUUUAGAGCAUUAUUCAACCCGGGGAUGUGAAGCUUUAGUAGCCACAGGUUCACCCACACCUCAGUCAGAAUCCAGCGAACCAAUCAAUGUUACAUCCCACUCAGAAGAAGAACCUGACUCAGAGCUCCCACUACCACGACCUCACCCUCAAAUGGAUCUCCAAUGUUUACCAGUACCCUUCAAAAUCAAGCAAGAAAUUAAGGAAGAGGUCCCAUCCCCAGUAGGACCCAACAGAGAUGACAGUUGUACCCCUGGUGCUGGUGAGACACCAGUUGAAGCGCAGCUCUCUCAAAACCACAUCUUGGCAGUAAAACGUGAAGCAUUUGUUAACUGUUCAAAUAAUCAAGUCACAGUAGCAAAUAAUUCUCCUUCCUCAGUGUAUCUGUGUCAGAGUAGCCAGUCCUCUAUUGAAUCUUUACCACUUUCCUACCCAGUAAUCUCAUCCAAAGGAAGUACACCUGUAACUUAUCAGAGUAGCCCAAACACUACUGUAUCUUCUGAUAAAUAUGCAGAUGCAAACUCCCAUGAAUCCCAGACUACAUCACAUGAUGAGCCAUCUGCAACAAUCAACUCAGAAUCUCCUUCAAAUAAUUACUCAAAAUGUUCAAGUCUCAUUAUGUCUGAAUCUGUUUCUGUUACUAGUUGUUCUGAAACUGUCACUACUAAAUACUGCUCGGGAACUUCAGUAAUCACUUGCACAAAUCCUUCAUCUUUUAGUUGUCCAAACUCUUCCACGACAGGUUGUAGUGGAUCAUCACCAAUUGAUUAUUCUAUUUCUAUGAAGAAAAAUUGCUCCGAUUCCUCAACACCCAGUUGCCCAGACUUUGGCUGCUCAGAGGAAACUGCAGCUAACUGCUCAGAAUCUUCAUCUACUACCUGCUGUGGAACUCCUGUUAAAAGCUACCCAGAACCUAUGGCAACUAAUUACUCAGAAUCUCCAACGAGUGGUUGCUCUGAAUGUAACACAACUGUUUGCUCUGAAGCCCAAAGAGCGAGUGUUUCUGAACAUUAUUAUUUGAAUUCUGCCAAAUCCCCAGUUUCCCUUACUCCAGAACCACAACCUAUCACAAAUAAUCCUGACACUUCACCUGCAAGCUAUUCUACUCUUCCUCCUGCACCAUGUGAUGAGGUAGAGCCCCAAGGUACAGUCCACCCAGAAUCUAGUACUGUAUCAUACCAAGAUCAGCACACUGAAAAUUUUCAUACAUCAUGCACAUCUUAUAAUGAUGACGAGAAUUCCACCCAAGUUGUUGCAAGUCCAUCAUACAUGGACCUUAGUGGCCUGGAACUCUUAUCACAAAGUGUACUGCAACAUGCCAAUCGAUUAUCAGACCCAUCAGAGGAGGAAGCUGCUGCAGAUGAAUGUUCAUCUUCAUUACAAGAGGACACUCCUGCAGAUGAAUAUGCUUCUUCACUACAUGAGGAUACACAGGUAGAAAAAUGCUCUUCUUCCUUUCAAGAUGAUUUAGAUGCAGAUGAGUAUUUUUCUUCACAAGAUGAAGAUUGUGUAGAUGAAUGCUCCUCUUCACUACAAGAAGGGGUUGCAGAUGAAUACUCAUCUUCAUUGCAGGAGGAAAUACCUGCAGAAGAAUAUCCAUUGUCUCAGCAAGAGGAAACAUCUACAAAUCUGAGCUCUUCAAUGCAAGAUGGAGCAUCAGCAGAUGCUUACUCAACCUCACAUGACAAAACCUGUGCAAGUGAAAGUUCCUUCAUGUUGCAAGAGGCUCUUCCUACAGAUGAAUCUGAUGAGGAAUAUGAGAGUAGUACAGAAAGAGGGAAUAAGGUGUGUUCCAAUGAGUACAAGGUAUCUUCAGGAGUAGAUGAAACAUAUACAAGAGGGAAAAUGUUUUUAGGUGAGGGAGAAUUGCAUUUAAAGGUGAGGGAUGGAAUGUCAGAAUUGGUUGAAGCCUGUUCAACAGAAUUGCCUUGCCAAUUUCCUUCUGAAAACACCCCACCACAUUACACCACCCCUCCUAUUGCUUCACCUUUGCCCGAUUCACUUAGUGGCCUUCAUGGCCUCAGCCUUCUUUGUGCCUUAGCUGAGCAGCGCAUCCUGGAGGAGGAGCACGUGACCUGCCCAGCCCUGUCGUCCCUGGCUGAUGUGGCAGCCACAUCCCCAAGUGUUCCCACAUUCCCACCAGAAUACACUGAAUCACCACAACCAGGCCCAAGUUGUCUGACAAGUUCACCCAGAAGAACCUUCGGGUGUGGAACUACCACAGCUAUAUUUGGUGCCACAACAUUCGGAACAAUUGCUAAUUCUUUCAGCACUCCAGUGAAGACCACAGAUGUUAAUAGGAAUUAUAAGAGUCCACAAUCUGAGCGUGAAGCAAAGGCAUUUAUUGCUAACAAAGCAUCUCAAUACCAAAAGGAAACUGCUGCUGGCUUUAAGAUACCAUCUGGUUUUCCUGUUGACUCUAUGGAUCCAGCCGAGCUUGACAUGCGUAUGCAACUGGCCGAACUGCAGAGAAAAUACCGGGAAAAGCAGCGUGAAUUGUCUCGUCUACAACCUAAAAAGAUUACAAUGAGUCCAGCGAAGAGAGGCCCAGGCCGACCCCCCAAAAGAAAAAUACACAACGACUGUACACCCGGUAAGAGAAAAGUUGGUCGACCUCCUAACAAGAAAAAGAAAUCACCACAGAAGGAACUGUCACCGCCAGUACUUGAGAGAGUUACUGAUCUCCAGAUUAAAAUCACCAUGAAAGACAGUGAUGAAGAAAAAGAGGAACCAAGAUGUAUGAACAAAACCAUUUUGAAGCCCCCAGUCCUCACCGCUACAUUCUCGACUCAUUUAAUUCAUAAUGGAAACCAGGAUCUCAUGCCUAAAACACCUGAAACACAGAUAUCUACAGAGAAGGAAGACUCAGGAGACGAUGACACAGAUAAAGACAAAACCAGACGAUGGUCCCUUUCAUCAGAAGAUACAGCUCCACCAAUCUUAACCUCCCCUUUCAAGUUACCAGCAAUAGCAAGUGAAACCAGACAAGAAGAAAGUGAAGAAGAACAACCAAAAUACAGCAUCAGUGAUUCAGCUUGUAAGGAGCUCAAAGUUCUUCAAACAGAAACAUCAGUUGAGUCGUCACCAUCAGACUUGGAACAGCAGCCCCAGUCCUCCUCCUCCUCCAAGAAACGCAAGCCAGGUCGCCCAAAGAAACACUCACCAACAAAAGAGGAUGCAACUGAAACUAUAGUGGCCAAAAAACCCAAGACUAUGAUAAGCUUCCACCUUCGCCGCCCUUUACUUUCCCACAAACCAAAAAUGCGGCCAAAGCUAAAAGCUGAACUCAAGAUACGAGAGGUUGGGCAGGACGAUGAGGACUCGUCACCUCACUCUCACUACAAGUUGUCCUCUAACACAGAGACCACAAAGGAGGCAUCUGAAGAUGAGGAUGAUCAGAGUUCUACAAUGUGUGUGAGUAAUGCCGAUGCCAUGCGAGGUGCAAGGAAAAGAGGAUGUCCCCGUGGUCGUACGUCCCUCACCAGGAGAGCCAUGUUGAGAGAUAAAGAAAAACGCAAGUCUGCUGCAGAAAAACAGUUACACAUGGAAGCUCUGUACAGAUCCUUAAAGAAGCACUCCACCAUGGCUGCUGCCGAGCACGAUGAAUCAGAGGAGGAGAGAGACCGUGAAGACAAAGAAGAAACCCAAGAUGUGGGAGGUGAUUCUUCUGGCAGCGACCAUGAGACUAGUCAGCAACCUGUGUCUGGUGACACGGCCCCAGUGUCCUCAACAUCUGCAGGUGCAACAAGCUCUUCCACAACCAUGACCACUACCACCACCAUGGCUACCACGACAGCUACCACUACCACUACCUCUGUAACCACCACCACUACCACCACCACCACCUCCACCACAAAUGAAGCUCCAAGACCCACUAUGCAGACACCAGAGCCAAGUGUAUGUGUUAUUGAGGUGGGUGAUCUGGUGGAUAAGGCCCGUGUAUUGGUGCUACAAGAUGGAUUGCUGUACGCGGGACACGUGGUACCCAUUACACCUCCAGACGUGUAUGGCGUUGUUAUAGAUGGUGAGCGUGGGUCACGUCGACACAUAUACUGCAGAGAAGAACUACUAGAACAGUCGUGGAAAGAAGUAAAACCUGGUACCACAAGAUUUCUGGCGGAAGGGACCCGAGUAUGUGCCUUUUGGUCGCAGCAAUAUCGAGCACUUUAUCCAGGUUCAAUAGCUGCCUCUACCUCCCCAGCACAUGAAGCCAAUCAUAACUUUGUUAAUGUAGAGUUUGAUGAUGGUGAUGCUGGUAAGAUCCAUGUGGAUGAUAUUCGUCUUCUACCUCCAGAAUUUCCAAUUCUUGAACAUGACCCAAAUCCACUGAUGAGUCUGAACAAGAGAAAGCGUCGACCAACAGGAGAGAGUCUCCCAGACGUGAAAGAAGAAGCUCCAAAAUCAAGAGGGAAGAAAACCAGGACACUCUCGGGCAAUAAUAAUGAUAACGAAAAAGAUUCAGAGAAUCAGAUACAAGUAGAUGAAAAUAACGAGGUGGAGAAGGAAAACAAGAAGAGUUCUGUAAAUAUAAAAGACAAGAAGAAAGACAGUGAAGAAAAUGGCAAUAAGAAGGUAAACAGAAAAACGGACAAAAAGAAACACAAAAAACAUAAGCACACUGAAUCAUCACCUCAUCAUCGCCAUAAACACAAAGCUAAACACAAACACAGACAUCGGGAGGGUGAUAGGCCUCUACCACAUGUAGAACCUGGGGUGAACGAACUUACUGUGAGGAUCAAAUCUCCUCCGCCUCCCCUUGGGGAGACCUGGAGACCCUCAUACCGUGAAAAAUCAGAAUCAGAAUUGGAUAGUUCCUCAUCAAAGAGCCCAUCAGAGGAUGAAUCUGAGGAUAGUGAUUCUGAGUACACACCUUCUAAAAAGGAAGUGACGAAGAGUCCUGCGAGACGGAAGAAGAGACACCCAUCAGGGAAAUCAAAGAUCGCACCUUUCUUACCUGAGCGUCAGUUGUGGCGGUGGUUUGGUAAAGGCUUUAAAAGACCUGGAGCAAAGGGCAAAGGCAAGAAGGAGUACUUCAAGGCAAUUGUGAGAGGAAAAGAGAUGAUAAGGGUUGAAGACUGUGCUGUGUUUCUGUCUGCUGGCCAGCCCGACCAACCAUACAUCGGUCGGAUUGAACACAUGUGGGAGUCUUGGGGAGGAAAUAUGGUGGUGAAAGUAAAGUGGUUCUACCAUCCGCAGGAGACGAAGGGGUUAGGACGCAGACUAACUGAACCAAGGGGAGCAUUGUUCCAGUCCCCUCACACUGAUGAAAAUGAUGUACAGACUAUCAGCCACAAAUGUGAUGUUAUUGCACUCUCUGAGUAUCGUGUUAAACGUGGGGAACUAGAGAAAAAAUAUGGUUCCAGCUAUGAAAACUGCGAUGUUUAUUAUUUGGCGGGUUCUUACGAUCCUACGAGUGGACACAUAACUAUGGAACCCGGAGUGUCGUGAGAGGUGACGCAUUUUGAAGAUGGAUUUUCUGGUCUGUCAAGUUUCAUGAUAUCAAUUCAAGUUCUGUUGUGAAGUGAAUAUGGAGUGUAAGCUUAGGAUACAAUAUUUUAGAACCAAUUCCUCACUCUUUUCUUGAGGAUAAAUGAGCUUUGUAAAGGUAGUAGUAAAAAGCUUACCUUCUCUGGCCAUGGCAUUUUUUCAUGAAAGAUUCAGCCUGGAAAUAAAGCCUUAGCAUUACCCCCAAGACGCUGCGCAGCAUCUCGGGCGUAAGAAGAAUAAUUGGUAAGGUGUGUGAAGUGAAGAGCUUAUGGAUUAGGUUUAUUAAAAGAAUUUAUUUUUGUUGAGUCAGUGAUAAGCAGUUAAAACACAUCAAUAGAAGUGGAAGGAAAACAGUGUGCAAAAAAUUAAACUUCUAUAUACAAAUGAUAGAGUAGCUUGCAUUAUUGUGUAAGUGUUUAAUGAUAGACAGUCAAUGUCUAUAGUAAAUACUUUUAAACAGUUACAAUGUUUUACUGUGAACAAAAAAUGACAUAUAUUUAUAAAGUAUUUAAUAUAUCAUACUUUGAGUGUGAAGUAUGGAGUAACCCUUAUGCUUAAAUGUGUGUGUUAAAACAGUGUGAUAACAGUGAUAAUUGAUUUAGAAAAAACAGUCUAGGCCCUCUUUAAGUCUUUGAGUGGAAGACAGUAUUGUAGAGUUAUUGUCAGGGUGUUUCACGUCCCUGCAGUUAUCAUUUCAGCUACUAGACAGUGUAUUGCUUCUGGACAAUCACUUGAGGCUGCAAAAUCAUAUAGGGAGUAAAUAACUAUGCUUAUGUUAUUAGUUUUGGAGUGUGAGAGAUCAGAGGUGUCCUUCCAACUACCAAAAUUUUGCCUUUUUCUCACAACACCUUUUAGAUUUUAAGGAUUUUUAUCAUAUACAUGAGUACCUGCAAUAUUUUAUAUAGAUAUUUUAUUGUGUGGAUCAUAAUAUCUAAGUACAUAGAUAUAUGGUUUGACUAUAAUUAGAACCACUGCUAGUGUCAAAAGCUUAUUUUCUGGUCAUGCAAUAAUGUCUUGCAUGACACUAUCAGUGAUAAUGACCAAGGACAAGUGUUUUGUCACAUAAGUGUAAGGAGAGUCUUCAAGGUUCUGUACAUCUGUCUACUAAACCUUUCUUUGCUUUAUUUGAAUUGGUUUAUAUUGCAUUUCAUUGAUUUAAUGUUAAUUGCAUGUUGAUUUGAUUAAAACGAUCAUUAAGUGUUAUAGAUACUUAUUGUUAUUUAAUAUCUGUUUAGUUGAUAUUUGUCGUAAAUGAAGAGAAAGACUGAUUAAGUUGAAUAGAUUUUAUGGUUGUAUGUUUCACUUCAUGACUCUUGUGCGGAAGGCUGUCAUUAAAGCUCUGAUUUGGAUGCUGUGUUUCCCCAUCAAAAGACAUUGACUAAUUCUUCAAUGUUACUAUGGAUCUCAUAUGAUAUAUACACUAUAUAGUGACUGUAAGAAACUAACAAACAUCUUCACAUUAUCCCAUUUUGUGUCCAUAAGAUACAACUUCUGUGAGAAGAGAAGAGCUAAAACAAAUGUUUUGUGGAAGGUUUUGGUCAUUUUGUUGAAUGAGGUCUGGUGCGAUUCUCCGCACACAUAAAGAGGCGGGGGUCAAGUGCAGAUUGCUCCACACAAUAAAGUAUUGCUAGUUUGUGUGGUUCAUUUGCAAGCUUUACCAUAUAUAAUGCGGUAUUGCUAGGUGGUGUGGGUUAAGUGCACAUUCACCGCACGUGGUAAGGUACUGCUAGGAAGUGUGUUUAAGGUGCAAAUUAUAAGUAUGUUGAUUGGAAAGUGGAUACCCCAGCCACAAUGUCAGGUUAGUUCAACCUUUUAAAGUAACCCAAAGUAAGUGUUGUAGCUCUCAUUGUUGAAUAACGUGACAGUUGAUGCAGUGAUCCUGCAGAUUUUGUAUCAGAUUGUAGUUUAGAAUGCUAAACUUUCACAAAAUGACACAAAGUUACCAUAUAACAUAUUAACGUAUCUUAACAAGGGACUCAACAAAACAAUCUUGUUUUUUAUGUUUAUACAUUACAGAAAAUUUCAGAUGCUUUCAACCAAUGCAUUUGUAUUAAAUAUAAUUUAGCAAGAAAAUUUUCCAUAUUCAAUAAUUAAUCACAACCAAUCACCGGCUGUAUUCAGAUUGGCAGUAUUUCAACAGUAAGGGUUUGACUUGUGUUUGCUUAUGGGGAGUGUGAAUAAAAACAUUAGCUUAGUGAGAUACAACUUAGAACAAGUUUGCUGUAUUUGCCACAUGAAAGUAUAAUUAUAAUUUAUUGACUGAAAAUACUAGUGGUUGAUGCCCUUUGCUGUUGUUUAUGAUUAAUGAUUAUUCAUCUCUGGAACUAGACCUGGAGUAAAAUAUAACUUGUAAAACCACAGCAACGCAGUUGUAUUGUUGGUUUUGCAUUUUGCUUUAAUAUUCCCAGUUAUUUGUUGUAGAAUAACAUAUUUGAACAUUAAUAUGGCAAGCAGUUAUUUUGUUCCUGAAUUAGUUAAUGGAGAACUUUGAACAAACUUGGUAUGACUUACAAAGUGUGCUAUGAAGAGUUAUAUUAUGACAGUUAUCAGACAACGUAAGGUUUGACGCACGAAGGGCAGUUGUACAGAUAGUAUUUGUUGCGCAUUUCUUGGAUGUAUCCCGGAUAGUCGCAAGUAACCUGUACUGGUAUUCUGUCUGUUUAUCUGACUAUUUUCUUUACUCUACCACUCUUGUGUGGAGUUGAUGAAGGGAUACAGAAAGAAAGAAGAGAGAUAAUAAGGGGAGUAAUGUACAGUUUGACAAGUGUAGAGAGCAACAGGAAAGGGCAAAGACAACAAGUAGUUAUGAAAGGUUGUAAAAUAUUCCCAGUGUAAUUUCUCAACUGAUAUCAAAUGCAGUUACAGUUUAGUAAUUCUUUAGUGAUGUAAUGCAUAUUGAUGUACAAUAUCCAAGCAACUUAAACACUAUCUGCUCUCAACACAGCUCACUUACAAGGUAAUUUUUUGUCGACUUACACACUGUAUAGCCCAUCAGGAAAUAGCUAAUGUGUGGCAUUAACAAUUGUAGAAUAACUUUUGUGCAGGAGUAACUUUGAGCAUUGUGUUGGAUUUUGUUUUCUCUUCUUACUCUACAAGCUGGUGCUGGUUGGCCAGAACCAAGAGCAACACAGACUCUCCCUUCAUUUUCUGUCAUUUGUUCUCUCUUAACUGCUCUAACAGGUGUGUUCUGUUAUGGUAUUAGUAAAUGCAUUAAACACAACACUCUAUGUCAUCUCUCCACAAAUAUACACUGUGGUUUAAGGAAGGUCGUAUUUUGAUGUAAUUAAACACUGCUCGUUGACAGAUGAGGAUACAGAAGUCACUCUUAGGUAGACAUAAUGGUUGAGUACUGGAUGUAACUCUGACACAGGAGAUUGUUUUGUUUUUCAAGCCUGUUCCAGCUAUGAUACAAAAUAGCUGGAAUCAAGAGCAAACAUAAUGAAAUUUGAUCGUCACUCUCAUAAUCUUAUAUACCUGACAUAACUAACUUUGCUAUAUAAGUAGUUGACAUGUGUUAAAGAGCCAUGAAUAGCAACCUAAUCUGAUCAAGGAUUGUUUAUUAGUUUAAAUUGUCCAAUAUUUAUGUUGUUUUGAAGUAAGAUUUGCUUUACUGUAAUUUUUAAAGUCAUUGCAAGUAUUAUCAGUUCUUCAAUUUGUGUAAAUAAUGUGUCCUAAUUGAAUACCUACCAUUUAUUGCACAAAAUUCCAAUAGAAGUUCUAUAUUUAUUGUUAUAAGGGCCAAUAGAUUCCACAAAGUACUAUUGCUUUCUAGAAUAUUUUGUAAUAGUGCCAGUGCUCAAGAAUGAAGCACAGUUAUUUUAGUUUAGUUUGACAGAAAAGUUUUAAAUUCAGUUAGUUUGAUAAUUCUCCAGAACCACAUUAUUUUAAUCUUUUUAUUAUUAUUAUUUUUAUUAUUAUUAUUAUUAUUACUACUACAUUUUAUUAUGAGGAAAAGGACAUUGUUUCCAUCCUUAAGCAUCAUAACUUCCUCAGAAAAUUAUUGCCUGCCAAAGCAAGACUUAUACUUCCCUCAAUAUUUGGCUCAGCUCAAUUUUUUCUCCAGCAAGCUCUUUUCUGCUACUGUGCAUGUAGAGUCAAGAGCAAUACAGUCUCUCUCUCUCUCUCUCUAUUUCAUCCACUGUCGUUCAUUCAUUCAUUCAUAUUCGUUCAUUCAUUCUAGCUUCUGUAAUACACGUGUUCUGCCAUGGUAUUCCCCUUCCACAACAAGGCUCCAAGAUUUCCAUUAUUUUUUUAUUUAUGAUAUGUAUUUAACAGCUAGAUUUUCUUUUUUGUGCUUAAGUAUCACUGAGGUAUGUUAUGCUGGUAGUAAGACAGUACCAUGUUGUUGUUUUUUCCUCCUAUGACUCAUAAAUAGUAGUUGAUUUCUAACGAUAAUAGAUACAUUAAUGACAUCCUCUCUCUAGACCUGUUGAUACGACAGCUGACUGUAGAAAAUAAAAUAACAACGGACAAGAACCAUAGAUGUAUUUGGUCCCCACAAAGUUGUCAUACAGAUGAGUGACAGUAUUUUGGCAGACAUUAUAUGUAGAAGCACAAAAUCCUCUCACCACAAUAUUGGCAAUAUCAUAACUACAGUACAGUACUGGGCCAAAGUUGCUACAUUCACUCUACUGUGAAUAAGUUUCUAGGUUUAGUCUUGCAAUUUCAGAAUUGGAUUAAAAAUCAGAGGAUAAUACACUUUCACACUCACUCUAGUCCAAAGUUUCCUCCUGUGGAAAAUGAAAUAAAAUUUCAGCAUAUUAAUUAUGAAAACUGGUGUGGAUUUAUUUUAUUACAUUUUUAUUUCAUUUAUUUUUUAAUCUUUUUUUAAAUUUCUGUAUAUUUAUGGUCUCUAAUGAGUCUCUUAUUUAAUUACCACACACUUCAUUCUCAUGACAUGAUGGUAUAUCUUUGGGGUUCUUGUCUCAGAGCCUUCAGUUGGUUAUUACUACCAUUUUUUCCCUUAAUAUUUUUCCAAAUUUUACCGAUGUGGCACUUAUGUUAAUAACAUUCCAUAUAUCCCUCUGUCAUCUUUCUUGUAAUAUACCAAUAACUUGUACAAUAUUAUUGUGCAAAUAUAAUUAGUGUCCCUCUUUUUCUAACAAAGAAAAGUACCAGAGCUAUCAGUAAACUUGCUAACAUGGAUUAUGCAAGAAUAGUGUGCAUUGCAAGCAGUUCUAUAACUGUUACUCACCCAUUAUUUACUGCAGUCACUUGCAGGAAUGUUUCUCGCUUGCUUGUAUCAUUUCAACUUUCUGACCCUUGCAUCCAACCAUGUUAAAAUGAUAACAAGAAGUUGGGAGAUAUUUCCAACAUUUCUCUGCUUCAGCAAAUACUUUAGUAAGUUUCUUAGUACAAAUAGUUCCUGUUAAACAUAGUUCUAUAAUUGUUAUCAGUGCUGAUUUAAAAGUAGACUAUGCUGUUAUCAGGGUAACUUUUGAAGGAUGGUUUGAAUAUAAAUGAUGGGAAUUGAAUAUGUAUUUUUUUAUAAUUUCAAAGGAGUCAACAUUUUAAUUUUUCAUUAUGUAUUUAUUUUAUUUUAUUUUUUUGCUUAAAUUUCUUAAGAGUACAUACUGUAUCUGGGUCAGUGAUUUGUGGAUGCAGUGUUUGCACAUAUGAACCAGUCGUAUAUGACGAGAGGUUACAUAUCUUUUGUUCCAUAGAAGGUUUAUAUUAAAUAUUAUUUUGUUUCUCUUUUUUUUUCAGUAAAGGGUAAAAACUGUAUCUGGCUCUGGAUUCUCAAAGGUCCAAACAUUAAGUUGUCCCCUAACUAUUACCCUCAUAGUGUAGCCAGGGGUGCUUAAGCCUGACCUAUCAUAUUCCUCAGUGACUAUCAUAGGUGCAGUCAUUAGCUGUCAUUGCUACACUUGAGCUCAAACAUGACAACCUUAUGUUUGAUCUUGCAGCAAUCCCAUCAGUGAUUGUGUUAGACACACAGAGGCAUAUGAUGGACAAUGCUUAAGCACCCUGAGGUUAUCUUUUACGACUACAGUGAUAUGAGACUGUAUCUAACUGGCAUAUGCAAACCACAUUACAAAAAUAGUUGGCCAAGAUAGCGUCAGAACUACACGUCAGACUCUAUGGUAACUAGAUACUUUCACUUAUCCCCAGUCCUUUGACAGAUUUUAUGUGGGAGUCUUUGAGAAUCCAGGGGCUGGGUUUCUGCUGAUGCUCAGAAUAUGGAUGAUGAUUCUCUAAAGCCAUGUUAUAUGAAGUGUGUAAACUUGUAAAUAAAAUAUAUAUUUCAAGCAUAA